AUGGCGACUAUUGGUGCUUUGACCUCGAUUCUUGGUAGAUCCAAAAGUUUUUCUCUUCUACGCCGAAAUGGAUUAAAUUUAAAGGCCACAUGCUGUGCAUAUUUCUCUACGUCACCGAGCCAGAAUGUCAAAUUUUAUGAUAAUGCAUUUGACGCUGUCAAAGAUAUUGAUAAUUCUACGCUGCUUGUCGGAGGAUUUGGUCUGUGUGGGAUUCCUGAAAAUCUAAUCCAUGCAUUAUUAGACACUGGAGUGAAGGGGAUCACUGCUGUCAGUAACAACGCAGGUGUUGAUGAUUUUGGUCUGGGUCUGCUGCUACAGAAAAAACAAAUUAAACGCAUGAUCUCUUCCUAUGUUGGUGAAAAUGCUGAGUUUGAACGACAGUAUCUGUCAGGAGAAUUGGAAGUUGAACUAACACCUCAGGGUACCUUAGCUGAGAGGAUUCGGUCUGGUGGACAUGGUAUCCCAGCCUUCUUUACACCCACUGCUUUUGGAACUUUAAUCCAUGAAGGGGGUGCACCCAUAAAGUAUAACAGCGAUGGUAGUAUUGACAUAAGUAGUGAGCCAAGAGAGAGUCGUAAAUUUAAUGGACGUGAUUACAUAAUGGAGCCUGCCAUCACAGGCGACUUUGCCUUAGUGAAAGCGUGGAAAGCCGAUAGAGCUGGCAAUCUGAUAUUCAGAAAGACAGCAAGAAAUUUCAACCCUCCUAUGUGUAAAGCAGCUAAGAUAACUAUUGCAGAGGUGGAGGAAAUUGUUGAUGUUGGUGAAAUAGAUCCAGAGAAUGUACAUAUUCCAAGUAUAAGGUUGACGCUAACAAAGGAAAAGACAAGAGAUGCUGAUUUGAGCCCUGCUGCUCUUAUGAGACAACGAAUUAUCAAAAGAGCUGCAUUAGAAUUUGAAGAUGAAAUGUACGCUAAUCUUGGUAUUGGCAUGCCUAUGUUAGCUAGCAAUUACAUCCGUAAGGGUAUUACGGUGCAUUUACAAAGUGAAAAUGGUGUCUUAGGACUGGGACCCUUUCCAAGAGAAGGAGAACAGGAUCCUGAUUUGAUCAAUGCCGGUAAAGAGACAGUAACCAUCAUUCCUGGAUCUUCUUUCUUCUCAAGUGAUGAAUCUUUUGGUAUGAUUAGAGGUGGCCAUGUUGAUCUGACCAUAUUAGGUGCCAUGCAAGUAUCUCAGUUUGGAGACCUCGCGAAUUGGAUGAUACCAGGUAAGCUAGUAAAAGGAAUGGGUGGAGCCAUGGAUUUAGUGGCUAGUGCCAGUGGAGGAACCAGAGUUGUAGUUACAAUGGAACAUGUAGCUAAAGGAGGAAAACACAAGAUCUUACCGGAAUGCUCAUUACCACUAACUGGGGUUAAAUGUGUGAAUAGAAUUAUCACGGAAAAGUGCGUCUUUGACAUUGAUAGUGAGAGUGGUCUUCACUUGGUGGAGAUAGCUGAUGGCGUUACUGUCGAAGACAUCAUUGACUCUACCGGAUGCACAUUCACUGUAGCAGAAAACCUGAAACCAAUGGCUCAAGUCGAAGAUUCGUAACUGAUUCCAUUUCAACAAAGAAGACGAUAUACAAUUUUGAUGGUGUGCUUCCAUGAAUUUUAUUAAAUAUAUUCUAAAUAUAUAUUUGAAAUGACUAGGGAGGGUGAAGGAACUAAACGAGACAUUGCAUUUUCAAUAAUUUGUUGACUAAAUUUCUCUUUUUUUUCCAUGCCUUGACUUUCAAUGUCUAAAAAAAAAUAGUAAUGACUGUACAUUGUUGUUUGGAUUUACUGACCGACUUAUUUCAAUGAUUAUUACAGCAACCAUGUUAUGAAAAUACAUCUCGACUAGAAGUUAUGAUAUCACACAAGGAAAAAAUAUUGCGCUUCUAACUUCAAUGACCUCCUUGGGUGCAAAUCAGAGUUGCAAACUCUUACUGAAUUUCAAGAGAUUUAAAUCAAGAUUAUUGCAAUAUUGUAUUAAUGUACAUGUAUGUAAGGUGUGGCGAGUGGUCGUUACACAAAAACUGUAUUUUACACAUGUUAUAUACAUCACUGUGGGACCCAUAUCAAACCUGAUGCGAGGCGAUAACCACUGCCCUUUAAAGUCCCAAGGUUAGGUACGUUGCACAGUGCAGAAUGUGAUCCAUAUAUAAUCCAACGUGAUUUGUGUUAUCAGACACUAGUUUGUGAAACUGUGGCAAACAUCACCAGUAUGCAGUGUUUCAUGGAUUUAUUACAUAUAUUCUGAUUAUUCCAAGUCAUAAUCAUAGUUUUAAUGGUAAUAAUGAUGAUAAACUGACAAUUUACAAAAUUGUUACACAUUUUUAUGCCAAAUUUGGAUAUCAGUUUGUGAAAGAUGAAAUCAGGCUUUAAAUUGCAGAUAUGGUCAGGAUAUCUUACUUUGAUGCAGAGAUGAUGCUUAGGUGAGAGUUAUCUUUGUGUUGUCAUGGAAUUUUAAGAUUAUAUCAAAGUAAUAAAUUUGUGUGAAAUUGA